GGACUCUGCUCACUUGUAAAUUCACUGCCUUCUUCGCCGCUUAAACCCUCCUCAAUUCCCUCCGCGCUCGCGCACACACACUCACACGCAGAGUCCUAACCCAUAUCUCCAUUGCGUAACUCAUAGAGGAUUUUGAUCAAACAGUUGAAAUGCAGCACAACCAAAGAGAAAAUUAGCAGAACCAAGCUUUUUUUUCCCACUCCAAGUUUCAACUCUAACCAUUUCACAAUGACGAUACACUCGGUUGUGAUCCAGAAACUGUUGAGUACAAACGCCCACUUGGGGCGGCGUGUGGCGGCGCACCACUUCAAAAUCUACUCCUGCGGAGCCCGAAACGCAAUGACCAUAAUCGACUCCGACAAAACCCUGAUCUGCCUUCGAAACGCCUGCCAGUUCAUCGGAAACCUCGUCCGCGCAAAGGGUAAAUUCCUCUUCGUGAACACCAACUCACUGUUCGACGAAAUUCUUGAUCAGAUGACCUAUAGAAUCGGCUGCAAAAUCGAUAAUUCUUGGAAACUCGGAGGUUUUUUGUCCAAUUCUUCGAGCCCGAAGAAAUUUAGGGGACGGAAUAAGAAAUUGAAUCUGGGUGCGGUGGAGCCGCCGGAUUGUGUGGUGAUUUUUGACACUGAGAGGAAGUCUUCGGUGAUCUUGGAGGCGGAUAGGCUGCAGAUUCCGAUAGUUGGUUUGGUGGAUUCGAGUAUGCCGUGGGAUACGUAUAAGAGAAUUACGUACCCGGUUCCGGCUAAUGAUUCAGUGCAGUUUGUGUAUCUGUUUUGUAAUUUGAUUACCAAGACUUUUCUUUAUGAACGGAAGAGGUUUGGCGGGGCAAUGGGGGCAACUGCUAUUGCAACAAAAGCAGAAAUUCGAGAGGACGUUCAACAGAUAGAACAAAGCAAGACCAACAAGUCAAGGGAUAAAAUAUAUGUGCUUCCGUAUGAAAGCUUAGUGCCUAUGACAGAUGACUCCGUGGAAAUCAAAAAUCUUUUGGACAAACUUGUUGUGUUAAAGUACAACGGUAGUUUGGGGACAAAAUGGGGGUUUAAUGGACCCAAGUCUGCUGUUGAAGUUUGUAAUGGGUUAACAUGUCUGGACUUGAUUGUUAAUCAUAUUGAGUCUCUUAAUUCUAAGUAUGGAUGCAAUAUUCCCCUGCUUUUGAUGAACACGGUCAAGACACAUGGUGAUACCCUGAAGGUUUUAGAGAAACACUCAAAUAAAAGUAUUUAUACUUUUAUCCAGGGCCAACAUCAUGGCGUAGAUAUCCAAGAUUUUGUGCCGCUUCCAUUUGAAGGACAGUACAGCGAGGAUGAAAUGUAUCCUGCCGACUAUGGUGAUGUGUUCCUUUCCUUGAAGCACAGUGGAAAACUUGAUGUAUUAUUGUCACAGGGUAAGGAAUAUAUGCUUGUGCUGAAUCCCGACAAUAUUUCUGAUGCUGUUGACCCAAAAAUCUUAAAUCAUUUGAUCCAAAGCAAUAUUGAGUACUGCAUGGAGGUAAUACCCACCUCAUUAUCUAAUCCAGAAGAAAGUGACCUUCAAUCCGGCAAAGAGAAUUUUCAGUCGAAGGGGAAUUUGAAACUUACUGACAAAAUGUGGAUGAGCAUGAAGUCCAUUGAACAGCUUUUAGAAAGAAUUGCCCUGAAGAAGGAGAAAUAUCCUAUGUCAAAGUUCUUUGACCGCGCUAUUGGUAUAAGCGUUCCCCAUUCUCGAUAUCUUCCAGUGAAGGCAACAUCUGAUUUAUUACUUCUCCAGUCAGAUCUUUUCACACUCAGUGAAGGCACUCUAAGCAGAAACAGUGCUAGAGCCAAUCCUAUCAAUCCUUCUAUUGUAUUAGGACCUGAAUUUGAAAAGGUUAGUGAUUUCCAUAGUCGUUUCAAGUCCAUCCCUAGCAUUAUUGAGCUUGAUAGCUUGAAGGUGGCUGGUGAUGUUUGGUUUGGAACUGGCAUAACUCUCAAGGGUAAAGUUAGUAUUGUUGCAAGACCUGGGAUGAAAAUAGUAGUUCCUGAUGGAGUAGUGCUGCAAAAUAAGCUGAUCAAUGGUCCUGGGGAUAUUUGAAGAGGAACGUCACAAUUUGUUCGUUGAUAGAAAAUGAUACACAGCGGGAAGUUUGUUGUAACUGAGGUGCUUGUAGUGCCUCUAGAUUUGUAUUUACAUUCAUUUUUGCCCCCAUCGUUAUAGUUUCCAACUAAUUGAUCAUAAUCUAUAUUACGAACAAAAAUAAAAUUGGUCAUUAACCAGCAGCAUGUAAUUUAUUUUGUGUUUAUUUAACUUUUUUAGAAAGGAAG